AUGGAGGGUAGUUUGAGCAGUCAGGAUAGAACAUUGGGUGUGUUGCUAGAGGAGGACUUCAGGAUUAAAGACAAGGUGGCAGCAGUACUGCACUCAAACCAUGGCUCCAUCUGAGUUGGGACACUUUAUCGCAAGCUCCCGAAGAAUCACAUACUACUCACCAUCACACAUAUUGUGAAAUUUCAGAGGUUGUCAGGUGAGCUAAAGAAAGCCAAGGAGCAAAUAGAGAUGCUGAAGAAGUGGACUGAGUAACAACUCAACAACUCUAAGCAGCACAUUAUAGUCAGACUUCAUAACAAGAAUGGUCAGUCUCAGAUAGUCUAUAACCUUGGUUUUUAUAUAUGUGUGCUGUCUGAUUGGUUUAAACACUCUAAAGCCAAACUCUGCAGGAGUAUGACCUCAGUGAAGAAAAGCGUUCAUCAGAAGCUGCAGCUGCUCAAACAGGGCCAUCACAAAGGGUUCCUCUCUGUACAUGAGGCAAUCGGAACCCUGAGGCAGAUAUGUGACAUCAAAUCCUGCCUAGAUAAGGAGAAGCUUCAGAAGGACAUCAGGCACAUCAGCAACAAGGUGACAGAGCUCUUUCCUUAA